AUGGCGACGCUUAUUGGCAACCUCUUCUCCUCCCCGUUUCUUGUGAGUCAACUCGGUAACUCGAGGCCUCACAGGUUCAAGCUCAAGCCUUGCACUCCACCGAUCCUAAAACGCUCCUUCACGGCAGCUAACGUUAGAGCUUCUUCUUCCACCUCCUUGGUCGACACCACACCAACAUUUGAGUUGGCUAAGGAUUUCUUAAAGCCGGUCUACGGUGGAAGUAUCAUUGAUACUAGCUGUGGCAGUGGAUUAUUUUCUAGACUUUUCGCCAGGAGCGGAUUGUUUUCUCUCGUUGUUGCUCAGAAAACAUGUUGCAGCAGCAGUGCUAUGAAUUCAUUCAACAGGAGGAUAAUAUAG